ACCUCUUCUCCCUACCUCGCGAUGUAGCCGCUCCCCCGAGCCUGCAGAAUCAUGGGCCAUGGCAUGUCGACCUGAGCAACGCGACUCCAUCACCAGCUCGGCACCCAGCAAGCCCUUCCCCUGCCUCUCAGCAGCUAUGCAGCGCAUCUCUACCCGCCAGCGACAGCAAGCCAGCCCUCGGGUCUGCUGCCUUCGGAGCAGCAACGAAAUCAGGGGCGAGGUAGUGUACUGGACGAUGAGGGCUCGUCGACCAGCCCUCAGCACCUGCAGCUCUCUGGACGAUCAGCUCCAAGGACAGAACGUGAGGUAGGCUGGUAUCUGAAUAUACGGUGCAUUGGUUCGUGAUCGUUCAAUGGUGAGUAAGGAGUAAGGCGAGCCGAAGCAGCUGUCUUGCAGAUCGACGUCCUGCUGCGUCUGCCAUAAGGUCAGCCGCUCGAAAUCCGAUGGGAUAGCCUGCCCUUCGAACAGCGAUAGCGUGUCUUAUCACCUUCAAUGAGGACAACCGAAGUUCAGCAGACUCGUGGAGGUAUCAAGGAAAGUUUGUCAAGGUCAUGUUGUGUAGUCAACACACACACCGGCGACUUCACGAGAAGGGUAGAGAUGCGACAAGACUGAGAUCAAAAAAGUAGAAAUCUCUCAGUUCACCUGAGGUAAACUACAC